AUGUCUACUAUUGCAAAAUCUUGCAGUCCAGUACAAGAAGUGGCAGAUUCUUGCAAGACUGGUGCUGCGACAAAUGUAAUAUUUGGAUUGGCUCUUGGAUAUAAAUCUGUUAUCAUUCCCAUAUUUGCCAUUGCUGCUUCUAUAUACGUGAGCUUCAGCUUAGCUGCUAUGUAUGGCAUUGCAGAUGCUGUUCUAGGAAUGCUUAGCACUAUAGCCACUGGGUUCGCAAUAGAUGCUUAUGGCCCUAUCAGCGACAAUGCUGGUGGUAUUACAGAGAUGGCUGGAAUGAGCCAUAGCAUUCGUGAAAGGAUUGAUGCUCUUGAUGCUGCUGGGAACACAACAGCUGCAAUUGGCAAGAUUUUGAAGAUUGAAGUUACAAGUCAAGAUGCAAGUUUAGAAGAUGCAAAAGACUAUUAUUAUUUUGCAAUGGAAGUUAUGCAAAACUUGAUAUCAUAG